UAUUUCCCGAGGCGCGCCCGUCACAACCAACAGAAAGUCCGGUGGCUGGCCCCUCGACUCCCUUGCACCUGCACUUCUUCGACCUCGCGCUCUCAAGAAGUUUGUGGUUACGUCCAAGCAAAGAAUGCUUUCCUUUCUAGCGAAAAAGGUUCCACGCACCAUAACUGCGAGCCAGAACCCCGUGGUCUUCGAUGGGGGCGGUCUUUCAUCGAGUUCAAGGCUCCGACCGACCGAUAUUUAGUGAUCAAUCGCUGGCCACCCAGUUCAAGUGAUGCAAACAGAAACAUUGCUUUACGACCACCACUUCACUGGCAUCGGCACCAGACAGAGACAUUCCAUGUGCUAGAGGGAACGGCCGAGUUCCUCUGCGAUGGUCAAAAGAUAAUCAAAAAAGCGGGCGAUUUGAUCACAAUACCAACCAAGGCGAUCCAUACUUUUCACAAUCUUAGCGAGACACAUGAGUUGCUGAUUGAGUUCGUCCUUGAACCGCAAUGGCGCGAGCGAGAUGAGUCGUUCUUCCGGAACGUACAAUCUUAUCGAGAUGACUGCCGCAAAGCUGGUAUCCCACGAAGUUUGCCGCAGGUCCUACUCUUCAACUGGGUCGGUGGAGUCGUUCUUGCUCUGCCAGGGCCUGCAAUAAUUGCGAAGCCUCUAGGUGUAGUCUUGAAUUUCUUCGGUGGGCUCUUGCUGGGAAAAUAUGUCUUGGGAUAUAAAGAAUCUUACCCUGAAUACUAUAAAGCACGGGUCUAG